GCGGGCGAAGCAGGCAAGGGGCAGCGCGCGCGGAGCAGCGGCGGCGGCGGGCAAGCACGCAGUGGAUAAGUAGAGUAGAAUAGUAGAAGAUGAAUGCAUGCCAGCUCCCUCACGCUAAUUAAGCCAAUCCCAAUCCUAAUCCUAAUUCCUACGUGCCCUGCACUAUUUGUCCAUACCUUCAUCAUUUUGCUUACUAAUUGGCCCAACCAAAUCUUUGCUUUGUUUCCCCUACCUAAGCUAAUAAUAAUCUAGCUAACGCUCCCUCACUCUCAAAGUUAGCCUCAUCAAUUAGCAGCGUGAGGAGGAUACAGAUCAAUACAUGGCGGCGGGAGCAGCCGUGCACGUCGUCAGGCGGCCGCCGCUACAGAUCAGCCGGUGGUGUACACGGUGUGGAAGAGGUCCAGCAUAGGCUUCCAGGGCACCGAUGGCUUCUCCGUCUACGACUCCGCCGGCAAGCUCGCGUUCCGUGUCGACAAAACUACUACCACCGCCGCAAAGCUUUCGCCGGCGACCUACUGCUUAAGGAUGGCCACGGCCCACGGCACGCCUCUUCUCUCCCUCAAGCCACAGAUCAGCUCAGCGUGGAGGAGUUCAUCGCGCGGUACAUCCAGCUAGCUGCACGCGCCACACGUCAGGGACGCCGUCGCUGCACUCGUGCUCGACAUGUUCACCGCGCCCAUAGUCGACGUGGCGUGCGACCUCGGCGUGCUGUCCUACGUGUUCAUGUCGUCCACCAGCGGCCAGCACCAUGCUCGCGCUCAUGCUGCACCUCCCCGUGCUCCACGAGCGCGUCACCGUGGAGUUCGACGAGGUGGACGGGGAUGUGGACGUGCCUGGCCUGCCGCGCCUCUGCCGCCAGCGUCCAUGCCGUGCCGUGCCCGAUGGUGGACAAGAAGAGCCCCAACUACACGUGGUUCGUGCGCCUCGGCGACCGCUUCAUGGACGCCACGGGCAUCAUCGCGAACACCGCCGAGGCGCCGACGAGCUCGAACCGGCCGGGUCCCCUCGCCACCAUCGCGGACAGUCGGUGCGUGCAGGGGCGAACCGCAUCUCCGAUCUCCCCGACGACCUCAUCCAGCGCAUCCUCCACUUCGCGCCGGCGAGGGAGGCCGCGUCCACCGGCCUCCUCUCCUCCCGCUGGCGCUCGCUCUGGCGCUCCACCGGCGCCGUCAACCUCGCCGUCCUCGUCCGCCGCCGCGACGACUUCUUCUCCCUCCGCGACGCGUUCGUCCGCUCCGCCCACGCCGCGCUCGCCGCCGCCGCCGGCGGCCACGUCAGGAGGCUCACCAUGCACGUGGAGACGGAGCGCCUCCCCGUGCAGCUGACGGCCGACGCGUUCCUGCACCGCGACGCGGAGGACUGGGGGAGGAGGCACGACGUGGUCGCCGGCGUCGUGUCCCACCCGGCGGCGCGCCGCGUCGAGGAGCUCCGCGUCGCCGCCGUCAGGUCCGCCGACGGGCCGUCGUCCGACAGGGAGGUCACGGAGAUGGAAGAAGGGGAGUUCCACCUCUCCCUCGGCGGCAGCGGCGGCACCCAGCCGUCGACGGAGACGCUCCGCGUGCUCGACCUCACCGGGUGCGGCGGCGUCUCCCUCCCCGCCGGCGCGGCGCUCCCGCGGCUGACGACGCUGCGGCUGCGGCUGUGCGUCGUGCAGGUCGAGGACCUGCAGGGCGUCGUCGACUCCGCGCCGGCGCUCGCCACCGUGCACCUCGAGUCCGUCUUCCUCGCCGGGACGAAAGAAGACGGCUGCUGCGCCCGCCUCCGCUUCCCCGCGGCCACCGCGCUCGUGCUGGCCAAGUGCAGGGGCCACGGGAGCCACCACAACGGCGACGACGACGCCAGCGACUGCGAGGGCGCCAUGGAGAUCGACGCGCCGAGGCUCCGAUCGUUCAAGUACACGGGGCUGCCCCGGCGGUUCUCGCUCAUCUCGCCGGCGGCGGACAUGGAACGCGCGGACCUGCACUUCCUCCACGACGACGGGCCUCACCACUACCGCGACACCACCGCCGUGCUCCGCGCGCGCUUCUGGCGCUUCCUCCACAACUUCCGCGGCGUCAAGUCCCUCAAGCUGAAGGUGACCUACCUCAAGGCGAUCGCCGUCACCGGCAACGGCAAAGGCAUCCUCCUCCCGCCGCUCCAUGGCGUCGAGCGCCUCGACGUCGCCGCGCUGCACGACCCGGCGAGCGAGACGUCCACGGUGGCCAUCGCCAACCUGCUCCGCUGCUGCCCCAACCUCCGCGACCUCGUGCUCCGCCUCAGCACGGUGCCGCCGGAUUCCACCAAGAACGGCGGCUACUGCCGCGACGUCCUGCGGAGGCGCUGGCAGGCGGACCUCGACGAGUCGGUCCACCGCCUCGCCCGCCGGCGAGGCUGGCCGAAGCCGCCGCCGCCGCCGCCGCCGACAAAGAUCUCCUGCAUGAACCAAAGCCUGGACGAUGCCGGCGGUGACAUCCAUGGAUUGAGCGGCCGAUCCUUCGCCUGCUUGCGAAGCUCGUUGACAAGGGUUGGGAUCCAGUUCCGGAACGACGAGCGCAGCUGGCUUGGCGUCUCGCUGAUCAAGUUCUUCGCGGAGAACGCCAUUUGCCUCGAGGAGAUGCGCGUCGAUGGAGGGAACGAGAGGAUGCGCGAUCACAUCAAUCGUAGGGUUGAGAGAUGGAUCGUUGAGAGUGGCAUGCGAUGCUUUAGAGUGUUACCGCUUGAGCGGCGAUGAAAUUAGGAGAGAUGGAUUAUUGCAAACUUGCAAGUGACUGAAAUUAAUCAAGGUCUUGAUAAGUUGUGUGUUGCAAAUAAAA